AUGGACAAUCACUACCCAGAGAACGUGAUAAAGAAACUCAUAAGACAAAAAACACACCAACUCUACAACACACAACAGAAAAAAAAAAACAACCACAGAGGUCACAAAACGCAUACAAUUACCAUUUAUAUAGGGACUGUCACAGAAAUAAGUAAUAUAGCAAAACCAUACAACCGAGAAAUAGUACAUAGGUCAUGCAAUCAAGUUGGAAAUAUUUUCAGUAGGUUGAAAGCACCAAAACCCAGAAUUACAAAAUCACAUGUCAUAUACAGUGUAACAUGCAAAGACUGUGACAAAGAAUACAUAGGACAGAGUUCACAAAGACUACAAGACAGGCAAAACGCACAUAAAUAUACGAAAAACGCAACCACAUCACUCAACAAACACAAGAAAACAAAAAAACAUAAUUUCAAUGACGAGGACACAAAGAUUUUGGGUAUCGAACCCCAACAGAAACAAAAAGAAAUACUAGAAAUGAUUCACAUACAAGUUAACAACGAAACUGUUGUAAAUGACAAGCAAGACACGAAGAAUCUCAGUCACAUAAACAUGCCAAUAUUGAGAAGACCACCUGACAGAAGAAGACGACAAGACAGCCAAUACUCCCUUACGUUCAAAACAACGACAUAA